AUGGAGGAGCUGCCUCAAAAAGAGGUGGUCCACCAGGAUAGCCCUGAAAAAAUGAAGCCGGAGGUUGCGAAAGCAACUCCCGUGAAAGCUGGCAUAGACAAGCAAGCAUCCGCUGAGAAGCGCUCGCCCCUCACAGCGCUGGAUGCAUCGGAAGGUGAAGUACCUGUCGCGUUAGUGCACAGGCAUUACGGACUGCAAUCCCCUGCGGUAUCUGUGCCCAAAGAGGCGCCGAAGACCAUACCGCUGAGCCCAAAGCAAGGUUCCCUAGUGGUUAGCGGUCCUGACCUCCAUCACCUUCCUCCGACUUCGCUCUUCGCGGACAUCAGAAGCCAUGUGACCGAGCCAGCAGCAGAUUUGCAGGAAUCUGGCCCAGGUAAGGGCCCUGGGCGGCACUUUGAGGAGACUGGUGACUCGAAAGACGUAAAGCUGGAGACCCAAGAAUGCGCCGCUUUGGACGACCUGGAAGUGGAGCUUGGAUGCCUGCAAGAGCAUACAGAUGCCUUCUGGCUGGAAAGCAAACGGCAAAUGGAGGAGGCUGGCGCAGAGCUCCAGGAGCUGCGGGCGGCCAUGGAGCAGCUCGCUGAGUUGCAUGCCGAGGAGUGUCAUGAUGUUCGAGCAAAGCAGUCUGCUUCAGCUGUGAAGGCUGGGCACCUUGCAGCAGCCGGUGCGGAAGUGGCAGCCGCUGCGCUACGGCAGCUGGCGCACAGAAGGACCACCGGUGUGGCUGUUCCGAAGCCAGAGGAAAUAGUGCAAGCACACUGUCCACGGCUAUGGGAGGAACCUUCCACUCUUCAGCCCACUCUUGAGCCCACUCUUGAGCUUCAACUGCCAAGGCCGGAGGCCGAUCUGGAACAGCUGGCCUAUCUUCCCAUCUCUGCGCUUGCGCGGUCCCUGCCGCUUCCGAGGACUCCAAGCGGUACCGGCGCCACUGCUGGCUCCUCGCCUUGCUCGGCCUGGUCACAGCGCCUGGCCGCCACCGUCGAGGUGCAUCUGCUGCAGGAGGUCGCUGGGCUCCGUGGUGCCAUUCAAGAUGAGAGGCACCACCGAUGCCGGCGGUAUGAUCACCUUUUGAGAGCCUCCCAGGAGCUUUUUGAAGAGCUCUCUCAGAGAGCUUGCGAUGCUGUAUCGGCACCUGCACUGGCAGACGAGGUGCUAUCGCCUUCGGCUGUGAAGAGUGUGGGAUGGGAGGAAGAGAUGGGGCGGCGGGAUGAAAUGGAGGAUGGCUGGAUCUUUGUGGAUCAAUACAAUGGGAGCCCGAGCAGCUGUUUCUGGGGCGUUUAUGAUGGUCAUGGUGGGCGCAGUUGCGUGGAGUAUGUCUUGGAACACUUGCACGUGAAUUUGUUGGCCGAGUUAGAGCAGGACGAGGCGAAUGUGCCAGACUGCAUGAUGCGCGCCUUUGAAGUCACGGAUUCCGACAUGCAGACAGCAGGCCUCUCUAGCUCUGGCUGCACAGCAUGCUGCUGCCUUCUGCGACAGGAGAAGGGUUUUACAGACCGUGUGCUCUACACAGCCCACAUAGGGGAUGCCCGAGCAGUGAUCUGCAGAAGUGGCUUAGGCGUGCGCCUUACCGGUGCUAGUGACCACAAGGCCACCUUCUCUGAUGAGGCACGCCGUGUCGUGGAGGCUGGCGGCACCAUCUACAAUGAGCGAGUGAAUGGCAUGCUUGCGAUCUCAAGGGCCUUUGGCGACUUCCAGCUGAAGGCCCCAGCCUUUGCGAACGACAUCGUCUCCAAUGUCCCUGAGGUCUCCGGCACACUUGUCUCCUCGAAUGACAUAUUCCUGAUCACCGCAUGCGAUGGGCUCUGGGAUGUCAUCGAGGACCAGGAUGCCUGCAAUCUGGUAAUGGAGGGCAUGCGAGAAUUCACCAGCAUCCUCGCAGAAGAUGCUCAAGCUGGCCAGAUCAUGUUGGGACAAAUGGCGGCGCGUCUCCUCAUCGAAGAGGCUUUGGCGCGCGGUACCUCCGAUAAUGUGACCUGCCUGGUGGUCUACUUCUAA